AUGGACCACGACCCGGUCCGACGUGACAUCGAUGAGGCCCUCCAGACUCAGACGAGCAUAAUCUGCGAAUUCGCCGUUUGCUCGUUGCAGCACGCGAGAGUUCCCCGAGGGGUUUUCUAUCAUCUCAACUAUGUCCGAAAGCUCGGUUUCGAGGAAACUCCGGACUACGGCUUCCUACGAGAGCUGUUCGCCAAGGUGCUCAAGAACAACGGCGACAUCGAAGACGGCGUUUACGACUGGAACCUGCUGAAUGGUAAGGCUCAUUUCCGCCCCGCCUCCCGGAUGUACCCUGGAAGACCACCGCUGCUGCGACUGGCACAUACCCCGACCUCACGAUGUACUAUGCUGCGGUACUACGACUGCGCACGCGCCGCCACCGCCGCCGCCAUGGUCUACGACCACAACUACAACCAGCAGCAACAAGCAACCGCGCCUUCCGCCGACUUCCGGAGCCAGCUGGCCCAGCACGCGACCAACUACGGGAGCCAUGCUGUCGAUUACCCACCUGCCGUGGCCACGGGGUACGACGCUAUGCAACACGCCGGCUACGAGAGCUGCGACAACCAAGAGCACAUCCCGCGCGUGCAGUCCCCGAACCACACCUUCGCAGGCCCCAGUAACAUGACCCCGCGCGCCACCUCGUGGAGCACCUCUCCGCCGCAAGUUUGA